AUGAUGACAGACCUCAUCUUGUGGCACCCAGGUAAUCCAGAUAGCGAUCUCUACGGUGUUCUGUCGGGCACUGGACUGAUCUAUACCGGCAGCACCCCGAAGCGCUACAUCUGUCAAAAAGCCAAGUCCACCAGUCCUCCUCCGCCGCUCCCAGCCUGGAGCGACAAAUGCGGCUGGGAGUGGCUGGACAACCCCGCCAACGACUUCUGCUACCUGAUGAGAGGGAACCAGCUCAAAAGCUGGAAGGAGGCGCGCGACGACUGCAACCGCCACGAUGCCCAUCUGCUCAGUAUCACGGACUCUCACGAGCAGGCCUUUGUGCACGGUCACAGAAAGGCCGUGCUCACCACUCCCUCGCUGUGGCUGGACGCCGACGCCCCCUUCGCCGAGAGCGGCGGCCGGUGGGCCGACGGCUCCCCGUUCAGCUACGUCCACCUGAGCGCUGGUCACCAUGGCGACAAAGUUGGGGGACGCUGCCUUUCCUAUCUCAUUGACAACGGCGACUGGAAAUUUGACGUGUGCGAGAUCAAGAGAGGCUACAUCUGCAAGAGAAGAGCGGCGACAGCGCAACAAGCUCCGCUGCCUCACGCCGGUUUCCUCAAGCAAGAGAUAUGCGAGAACGCCGACAACCGAGCCAUUUGCCCCGAGGACAGAGUCAUGCGCAUCCAGUCGGCCUUCUACGGACGGAGGAGCAGCAACGUCUGCUCGGCCCAACGCGGCUCAGACGCCAAAUGUACGGUGGAAGGUGCCCUCCUUCACUACAGGAAAGAGUGCGACAACUGCCACCAGUGCCUCGUCAAGCCCAUGAAGGAGGACCCCUGCCCCGAGGUCUCCAAAUACCUCCAGAUGGUCUACACCUGCGAAACGGACGAGUGUUUUGACAGUUUAGGCAACACCCAAGGCAGCCUGAAAAAGCUGAAGUUGAGAGCCUCCUCCUCAUUGAGCGGCUUCGGCCCCGACAAGGCUUGCCUCAAUGGGAAAAGCUGCUGGAAACCGUUGAAGCCUAUGGACAGCUGGAUCGAGGUGGACUUAGGCGAGAUGAAAAAAGUGACCGGGAUGGAGAUCCAGAUGUGUCCUUGGGCCUCCUCCAGGCACUGGUCCAGGUUUAAGAUGACCCAUAGUUUGGACGGACAGGACUGGACCGGCCACUCCCAGAUGCUUUCCCCUGGAGCGACUCAGACCCUGAUGGAGCCCAUGCUAGCCCAGUUCAUCCGCAUCCUGCCACUGGAUCACCAAUGGAUCGUCGGCCUCCGCUUUGACGUCUUGGGAUGCGCGCUUGACAAUGUGAUCAGCUGCGACGAGCAGUUCGUCAACGUCGCCUUGGACAAGCUGCCCACUACGGUCUUCUGUCCGCCGGGUUGCGCCAAGUUGGACCACCAAGUCUACGGCACGUGGGGGUACAAAGAGGAGUCUCACAUCUGCGCCGCCGCCAUCCACGCCGGCGUCAUCGCUGACAAGACUGGAGGAAAGUGCACCUUGCUGAAAGCGCCGCCGCAGAAGAGCUUCCAAGGAUCCGAACAGAACGGAAUCCUCUCCAAACAAUUGAACCAAGAGGGGCCUUUGGCUUUCACGUUUGCCGACGGAGAGAUGAGAUGCUUGGGACCUGAGUGGGAGGAGUUUGCCGGCUUCUGCUACAAGAUUUUUGAGGACAAGAAGACCUGGGCCGAGGCUCAGCACGCCUGCGGGACUUUUGGCGCCCAGCUGGUGUCCGUGGGUUCCCUAGUGGAGCAGGAGUGGCUGAAGACGACUUUGUACUUUGAUGACGGCGACACGUGGACCGGACUCAAUGACCUGGCUGUUCCCGGCAUGUUCGUGUGGUCAGACCGCCGCCCUGUGACCUUGACCUUCUGGGCUGCCGGAGAGCCCAACAACGAGCUCCCCUUGGACGACAACUGCGUGGCGGCGGCUUUCCAGACGGGACGCUGGAUGCGGAUGUUGUGCACCCAGCUCAAUCGCUUCGUGUGCAAGAUGCCCAAAGCGCAUUACACCAUCGCCACUGGAGAGCCCGAGACGGAAAGCGGCGAUUCCAAGGCCUUGUCCAUGGUGUCGACUGGAACUUGCAAAGACCUUGUCCUGGAAAUGAUGAAAGGUCUUCAGGUGGGAAGUACCAUCACCAUCAAAGGGCUGGGCAACGACAAGACCAAGAGCUUCCAAGCCAGCUUGCUCAACGCCGCCAACCAAACCAUCCUGCAGCUCAAGCUGGACGCCGAGACCCAAACCGUCACGCUGAGCUCCCAACUGGACAGCGACCCGGACCAGCAGCAGCUAAACCAGCUGCAUGUUGCCCGUAUCCCCCUGCAACGUGGAGUGGACUUCAAGAUCGUCAUCAGCUGCGCCCAGCACGUCUUCCGCGUUUUGGCCGGGGGCCACCGGCUGCACUACGCCUACCAGGGCCACCUCCGACUGGCAGACAUCACGCUGCUGCGACUGCAUGGCGACGUGUCGCUGAAGGUCGUCCGCCUGGCGACGGCGCCGCCCACCUGAGCCGCAAAAACUACGACAACACAACAGCGGCGGUCUCGUACCGUGCGCUGCCCGAUAAGCUAAGUUUGUGCAUGUUUUCUUGACACCUCAAAGCACUUACUGAGCUUCAGGAGAGUGAGGAGGGGAAAAAAAAAAAAAAAAAAUUACAGCAGCUAUCCAGUUAACCAACUGCAAAAAAAUCUAGAAAAAAAAAUGGUAUUCCUUUUGUGUUAUACAAUAUCUAUAUAUGUAUCUAUGUAUCUAUCCACCAAUUUUGAAUUCCACCUUUUGAAUUAUAAUUAUAUAUCUGUAUAUAAAGUAAAUAUCUAUCCACUGCCACCGUCUGGGGCUCAUGGCUCCUAAAAAAAAUGUUUUUGAGUGCCCUGUUUUGAAUUCUACAUUUUGAAUUACAAUUAUCUAUCAAAGUAUCUAUCUAUAUAUCCGCCGCCGCUGUCUGGGGCUUAUGGCCCCUAAAAAAAAAAAUGUUUUUGAGUGUCUUCUAUUUAAUCGAGAUUUGGCUUGAAGAUUUGAACCUAAGCAGUGUUUGUCCCUUUGUUUGACCCUUGACCUUUGUUUCCCAUGAUG